AUGGUGCAAACAUUGGACAUCACUCGCCCGCGGCCCCGUUUGGCCUUGAUGGGGCAUUGGGGCUUGCUCAAGGGCGAGGCUCGACCAACAACGUUUGCGCUACUUGAUCGCUUUUUUGAUUGGCAAGGGAAGUCGGAUGGUGCCUAUCGUGAACCAGUGGAGGAGAGCUCCUCCCUACUUACUCAAGGUGUUCGUACCUUUCGAGUAGGUAAGGUGUGGUCCGGGCAAACUGCAAUUACCUUAACUGUCGACAUCGCGAGGCUCGGCGACGGGUAUAUGUCGCUGGACCUUAUUCGCACCUUCCCUUACCUUCAGCGCCGCCCCGUUAUGCCUGCCUGCCUCCACUGCGCCUGUGCCGUUGCCGUGCAAUCCAUGUCCAGCCACAGAAAGCCUCCAGGGCAGUCACUACAUCGUGUCAAAACCGCAGAGGUGCACAACGCAAAACGGUGCCAAGUUCCAACGACCGGCAAAGCUCCGUCCACGGGCCAUUCAUUGUCAUCCCAGCACUCGCUCGCAAAAGAGCAUGGGGGGGGGGGCUUGGGAACAAAUGGGGCCGAGCAUCAGGGUCCCGCUGCCGAGUGGGCAAUAUUGAAAUGUCUGCUCUUCUCCGACGGGACAAACGCGCCUGUUCCAGCACUCGAGGUUGAAGAACAGAGAUCAAACUCUCCCAAUCGUCCCAUCACAAAACUUGCCAUCGUCGUCCGUGGUCGCUUCAUGCUGCUGUUAUUGUGGGAACGCUAUGAAAAUCCCCCACAGACGCCAUCGUCGUCCACCCUUUCUCGCGCCCUGCUGGAUGCGAACCCUAUCACCGGGUCGUUUACUGAUCACUCGUUGUUGACGCGGGUGUCGGGACACUCCACCAACCCCUAUUCGGGUUCUAUCCGCCGGGCCGCCUUGUUCGACAGACUGGAGCCGCCAGCAAUGGCCUUUCGGCGAGACUGGCUCAGCUCCUGCAAGGCUCGGCGCGUCUUGUACGGCGCGCUGGCUUGA